GUCAUUCAAUUGCAAUUGUUCUUCCGCAUCCGCUCGCCAUUGUCCUCAAGCCACCUCCUACGCGAGCAUCGGGCGUCCAGACCACUCCCUCACCUCCUUCACCGCCCUCACCGCUCUCGCUUCAGAUUGGCCCUUUUGGCUGUCGCUAUCCGGUUCAGUGGCCCUGACUGACAUUCCGCUGCAGUUGUUCUCUUUCACCCGGCCAUCAGCUCUCGCUUCCUGUCCAAACUGCUCUUCGACCGUCGCUGUCGCUGCUACUCUCGCCGUUCACAACUCUUUCGCCGCCCUCGCUAGACUUUCGCUCCCUCAGACUAGUUUUAUUGCACUUCUUCGCCUUUCGUCAAUCGCCCCGACAUGGUUCACAUCAGCGAGAAGCUCGCCGACAGCGAGCAGUCGAAGAAGACCAUCUUCUCGUUCGAGUUCUACCCCCCGAAGACGGGCCAGGGUGUCCAAAACCUCUAUGACCGUAUGGAUCGUAUGCACUCCCUUGGUCCCCAGUUCAUCGACAUCACAUGGAACGCCGGUGGCCGCCUCUCGAAGUUGACCUGCGAGAUGGUCAAUGUCGCCCAGUCGGUUUACGGACUGGAAACCAUGAUGCAUUUGACCUGCACGGGCAUGCCCAAGGAGAAAGUCGACGAAGCAUUGAAGGAGGCGUACAAGGCGGGCUGCACGAAUAUUCUGGCCCUGCGUGGUGAUCCCCCGAGGGAGAACGAGAAGUGGGAGGCCGACCCAGAUGGAUUCCAUUACGCCAAGGAUCUCGUGAAGCACAUUCGCGCCAACUACGGCGAUUACUUUGAUAUCUGUGUUGCCGGAUACCCUGAGGGCUGCGAGGAAGACACCCCACCGGAUUUGUUGCUGCAGCAUCUGAAGGAGAAAGUUGAUGCUGGUGCCACCUUCAUCAUCACUCAGAUGUUCUACGAUGUCGAAAUCUUCCUGGACUGGGUACAGAAGUGCAGGGACAUCGGCAUUACCGUCCCCAUCAUCCCCGGUAUCAUGCCCAUCCACACGUAUGCGGCAUUCAUGAGGCGUGCGACUUGGACCAAAUGCCAUGUCCCACCCCGGUGGCUCGAACUGCUGGAGCCGGUUAAGAACGACGACGUUGCGGUUCGUGAGAUUGGGCGGGACCUGGUAGUGGAGAUGUGCCAGAAGAUCAUUGAUUCGGGAAUCCACCACUUGCAUUUUUACACCAUGAACCUGGCUACUGCUACACGCAUGGUCUUGGAGGGCCUGAACUUGAUUCCCACUUUGGACCAGGCUCACCCGCCUCUGCCCUUCCGCCCAUCGCUUGGCUUCAACCGCAAGAGCGAGAACGUCCGUCCUAUCUUCUGGAAGAACCGCAAGGCAUCCUAUGUCCAGCGCACCCAAGACUGGGACGAGUUUCCUAAUGGACGUUGGGGUGAUUCACGGUCUCCCGCCUUCGGAGAGGUGGAUUCAUACGGCAUUGGCCUUCGUGGCUCCAAUGAGUCCAACAUCAAGCGCUACGGAGAACCCAAGACGAUCAGAGAGAUUGCCGACACUUUUGCUCGCUACAUGAGUGGAAAAUUGGCCACCCUUCCGUGGUCCGAGUCAUCCAUAACCGCCGAAGUCGACGUGAUCAAGGAUAGGCUGAUCGACCUCAACCGCCGCGGUUUCCUGACCAUCAACUCCCAGCCCGCAGUCAACGGUGUCAAGUCGUCCGAUCCGGUUUAUGGUUGGGGUCCCCGCAACGGAUACGUCUACCAGAAGUCGUACCUUGAGCUCUUUGUCUCCCCUGAGGUCCUUGCAGACCUGAUCACCAACAUUGAGCGCGAUCCCGACAUGACUUACUACGCCGUCGACAAGAGCGGAUCGCUCAAGACCAAUAGCCCUGAAGGCCCCAACGCUGUCACCUGGGGUGUCUACCCGGGCAAGGAGAUCAUCCAGCCCACCAUCGUUGAGACUAUCAGUUUCUUGGCGUGGAAGGAUGAGGCGUUCAGACUUGGCGAGGACUGGGCUCACUGCUACAGUCACGGCAGUGUGAGCAGGCAUCUGCUUCAAGGCGUCAUGGACACCUGGUGGCUGGUCAACAUCGUCGACAACGACUUCCACCGCGAGGGCAAGAUCUUCGACCUGUUUGAGAACCUUGAAGUCAAGGACCUGGACGAGACGUUCGAGGUGUCGGAACUCAUGAAGGAUCUCGGCCUCGACGGUAAGGAGAACGGUCUCCCGGCCGCCGCCGCCGGCAAGGUCAAUGGCGUGAACGGUGUCAACGGCGGCACCAAUAGCAUCACUGCUUAAUUGCAAGGUAGUACCCUUUCGUUUUUGAUCGGGAGCCUCAACGCCUCCGUAUUUUUUUUUGUCCUUUUAUUUUUUUUCCUUGCGUACUUCUUCUUUUCAUCACGGUUUCCUUUUGAUUUCCUUUGCUUUUUUUUUGCAUGGUUUCGUUGCGCGGUGUUUCAACACAGGGGGUCAUCGGUCAGGUCGGAUAGGGUCGGGUUCGGAGCAAACUUCAACAUGUUUGGCGUUAUACUUGAAAAUACGGUGUUUUUUCGUUUCUUUCUUUGGGUUUUUUCUUGUUUUUAUACUGUAUGAGAAGGGGAGUGGG